AUGGACAGUCCCGAUCUCCAACACCUCCCCGUCAACCUCCGCAAUCUGCAAUCAGCAGCAUCGCUCCAGAACUUAUCCCCAAACACCCUUGCCUCGCAACUCGCUUCGGGGUUCGAUACCACGUUCCAGACCUUUCCGUCUACUAUCGCAGAGCUCCAGGAGCAACAGCAACAGCACCAGCAGCAGCAACAACAUCUUCAGUCCGUGACGUCCAAGUCCUUCGUGCGGCCUCCACGACCGGGAGAGCAGGUGAAUGAUGUCUCGGUGCUGUCGCAGGAGCAGCAACGGAGCAGUGAUAAUGAUAGUAAUGGCGGCGGCGGCGGAGGAGGAGGAGGAGGACAAUAUGCUGUUGUUCCCCCUCCGCCACGACCCGGUCAGACGCAGUUGAUGGCGCGCAAUCAGACGUCGAUGAAUAGUGUGUUUCAGCCGCGGGGUAAUAAUCAAUUUGAGAUGCUGCACUCGCUGGAGCAGCAGCCUCUGCAGCAUAAUGCGAUCAUGCAGCUGCAGAAGGAAGGGGAGCUGCUGGGUGGUUCUGGUGGGGAGCCUGUUGCGACUGGGAAAUCCGACGGGCACUUUGGGGGGAUGAAGCUGAUUCCGUAUCCGCCUGAUCUGGAGGCGUGGAGGGAACGGCUCUUCAACGUAGAUGAGACGAUUACUUUGACUGAGGAACAAUUCCAGACUUACUUCCCGCAUGUGGAUAACGUCUAUUCGCAUCGCUCUACGCAAAGAUACAAGCGCAAGCCCUUUGUCUCUCACUACUGGGACUGUCGAUUGAAGGGCCGGCCGCCAGGCACUCCCAAGUCCGACGACCCGAACAAGAAGAAGCGUCGACGGACCGCCAGGCAGCGGGACCUCUGCGACGUCAAGAUAAAGAUCACAGAACACUUUCCGGCGUCUAUGACACCGGCAGACGUCGUAUCCCAUAUGGCGCAGCUGCCCCCGGAGUUGCAGACGGUCAAUCCCUUCUUCAAUCCAGGUGAUAACCCACGAGAGAAUCAGCCGUUCGGCGUCCUGACACCGAAUCCUACCCUACCCGAGGGCCAUCCGGCUGCUCAUGGAGCGCGCUAUUUCACAAUCCAACGAGUAAAUGGGAACGGGGCCAAUGGAAAAGCCGACGGUGUGGGCGGUGGUCACAGACAUACACUCGAGGAAAGCGACCGCGUGAAGAAGAACAGCGUGCAACGAUGGAUGCUCAAGGAAGCAAAGGAGCAAAAGAAAGCUAUGCGUGUUUGGAUAGCAUUGGAGGUCAAGGGGAUCCCGUAUCAGUAUAUUGAAGUAGACCCGUACAAGAAACCAGAGGCCUUGUUGGAGGUCAAUCCGCGAGGACUUGUCCCUGCGUUGCGACACGGCAAUUGGGGUUGCCAUGAGAGUACAGUGCUGCUUGAAUAUCUGGAAGAUCUGGACUUUGGAACGCCCUUACUGCCACCCGGGGACGCGAAGCUUCGUGCGCAUUGUCGACUCUGGGCAGAUCAUAUAAACCGGCACAUUAUACCGGCCUUCUAUCGUGUCCUCCAAGAGCAAGACCCGCAGAAGCAGGUCACGUACGCAGAAGAGCUCAAGGACGAUAUCAGCAAGUUAGUGAAUGCAUCGCACGUCCACGGCCCGUUCUUCCUUGGACCGAAUAUCUCGAUGGUCGAUAUCCAUAUUGCCCCCUGGAUACUUCGACUGAGUCGAGUGCUGAAACCAUAUCGUGGCUGGCCCGAUCCUGAGAUGGGCAGCCGAUGGGCCGCGUGGGUCAAUGCUAUCGAGUCAAAUGAGCAUGUCCAAGCAACAACCAGCAGCGAUGAUCUCUACCUUGACAGCUAUGAGCGAUAUGCGGAGAAUCGGCCAAAUACUUCGCAGCUUGCGAAUGCAAUAAACUCGGGCAGGGGCCUUCCGUAG